UUCUUCUGAAAUUUUUACAAUUUAUCUUUCACCAUUGAAAGAUUAUGUUCAAGGUUAUGAAUCUUCAAAACUAGCGGAUCUUCUACCAAAUUGUAUUAAAAAAGAUCAAGAAGUUAUAAUUAGAGAUUCAGAAAUGAACCAAUUGAUAGUUGUAAUAUUAAGAAAUCAUGUUGGUAAAGAAGUUCUAAAAUAUAUGUAUGAAACAGCAAUAGAAACUUCUAAGAUUAGUUUUUCCUCUUUCUCUUCUAUUUUAACUGAUUCUUCAAUUUAUAUACCUGGUAAUUUUGAAGAACAUGAAGAACAUGGUACAACAAUAAUCCCUCCAGAUGCUUUUCAAGUUG